AUGUCGCCAGGUGGUGGACUGCGCUCCCGUGCUGCAGAGAGAACAAAGAGUAACAGCGGAGACGAGGGAGACAGCGACGACGGUAGGGCUAGGAGAACGUCGCUGAAAGGCCUAAGCGGUGGGAGACAGAAGAGGUCUGCGCCUGGUGGUGCGCAGAGCAGCUCGCCGCAGAGUGCGACUGGAGAUGGCGACGAAGACGAGAAGCGGAGGCACCCGGUGAAGAGAGCUUGUAAUGAGUGUCGUCAGCAGAAGCUGCCAUGUAAGAUCGAAGCGAACUUCAGACGGAUUGGCAAACGCAGCCGUAAUGCGGAAAUGGAGCGGGAAAUCAUAGAAUUGCGAAGACAGGUUGUCAAUGCCAAUGCCAAUGUGCAGUUCCUGGCCCAGCAGCAGCAGCAGCAGCAGCAACAACAGCAGCAGCAACACCAUCUGAACAUGCCCGCAGCUGGUCAUCUUCCGGUACCAUCUUCCAUGCCUUACAGCCCAUCAACGAGCUCGAUGCGCCCUCAACAAGCGGACCAGGCCUCGGCUGACUACUUGAAACCACACGAAGCUGUUGCAUCAUUGUUAGAUCUCAAGUCCGGUGGUGACUAUCUGCGAAGCCCACCUGGCAAUAUCAUAGACGUGAAACGACUGGAAGAUGUGACAAUCCCUUUAGAUCGGACCGCAGAGCUUUUCACGAGAUUUUUUACAUACUAUCACCCUUUUCUUCCAUUGCUUGAGGCUCAAAAGACCCCGGAGGAAUAUUACGAUACGUCUCCUCUCCUUUUUUGGACCAUCCUCGCAGUUGCUUCCCGCAGGUACCAGACAGAUUCAUCUCUUCUGAAUGCUUUGUCCGGUCCCGUUUUGCGGUUGGUGUGGAGCACACUUGCAGACGUCCCACAAAGCUAUCAUGUUGUCAAGGCUUUAGCAUUGCUUUGUACCUGGCCGUUUCCUACUAGUAGUACGUCCACGGACCCUACUUUCAUGCUCUGUGGCAUGAUGCAGCAAAUAGCACUCCAAAUAGGCCUACAUAGGCCGUCCCAUGCACAGGACUUCUCCAAAUAUAGAGUGGAGUUGAGAGAGGCCAAUAUCUCCCCAUAUCUUGGCCCUAUGCUAACGAUUGCUUCUAGAGUUGCAACUGGCUAUGGACAGCCAUCGUCGACACUGUUUGACUGUACCCUUUCUUCGAAGGAGGCGGAUCUACGACUCCCUCCUGAGGUUAGAGUGCGGCUACAGAUUGAAAAGUUCUGUGAUAAAAUAUCACAAACAUUGUACACAAACCAUCGUGACCCAGUGGGUGUAUUAAGCGACAAGGAGCGAAACAUCAUGGCAUCAGUGCUGUUCAAAGAUUUUGAAGAUCUGGAGAGUCAGGUCCGAACAGAGACAAAUUCUAUAACGAAUGUCUAUUUACGAGCCGCUGGCCUACAUCUACAUCUCUCCAUUUUCUUUGAGAACCCGAGCACCAAGGACUACCGCCAAGGCCUAUCAGCUCUAUACCUUGCAACAACUGCCUUUCUUGAGGCGGCUUUUGGACUUGAAACCUCCACAGGGCCGGUCCUAUCCUAUUGCUCUAACUACAUUUACCAGAUGACCCUUGCCGCAGGAUUCAGCCUUUUCAAGCUGUGCAACAGCUUUUUCGCUGUCCAUAUUGAUAUGAGCUACACGAAGUCUCUUUUUAGUCGCACUAUAUCAGCCCUUCGCCACAUAUCUGUGAUGAACAACGAUCUUCCGCAACGAUUAGCUGAAGUUCUAGCUCAAAUGUGGCGAAUGAACGGUGUUGGCAGCCGAAAUAAUCAGGACCAAAGGCAUCAGGGAGAAACUAACUCAUCGGAUACGGGAGACUCACUUAUGCUAAAGGUUCGCUGUAGAAUGAGCAUGUCACUUGUUUUCGACUCCGUUUGGCGAUGGCGAGAGGAUUUCCAAGCCAGAGGAAGGAAUUUUGAAGCGUAUCUCAAAAACCCAACAAAUCCAGACUCCGGAGCUGACUCCUCAGCCUCGUGUUCCUCCACCGCUGCCAUCCGAACAUCGACAUCCACUCCUGCACCACCUGUGCCAGAAGGCGUGAGUGCAGUCUCGGCAGCUGAUCCCACCCUUACCUCCCCAGCCUUGACGGCUGGUCCUGUAACUACGGGCCCUAGUUCUCCUCCGGGUCCAACACUGGGAGGCUUCAACUCGUCCUCCCUUUCCAGUGCUUUCCUAGAAACAAAUUAUGAAGUGUUCGACCCUUUAAAUUGGAUGCUUGAUGGCCUUGUAGAAUUUCCUUACUUAUAUCCUGGUGUUCAGGGCCUGGAGGUGUAG